GCAGGCUAAAAUGACGCGAUCUGUUCGCGGCUUGUAUGGUCGCUCCCAUUAAAAAUUGUGCCAUGGCCGCUGCCGCUACAAUGAUGUGAUGGUCUGUCGCCGACGACCCGAAUUAUCAUUACAUCGUGUCUUCCCCAUAGUCCUCCCCCAUUGUCCUCACUCUUCAAGUCGUCCGCCGCAGUCACCAUGGCGUCCAUCUCGACUGCUGGAGAGGCCGUCGCCCGAAUUGCCUAUUUGGCAUCCGAUGUGGUAGUCUCUGUUGUGCCCUCUCUUGCAACCGAUUCAGAGUUCUCGGAGCCUCUACGCAAGCUUCAGAAGGACAAUGCGCCCAGUGUGGUCGCGAAGACGCAGCCAGAGGUGCUUGCAGUCCGCCAGAAUGCAGACCCGCUCCUCUCCGUCUUCCAGCCCAUUCGCGCGGGUAAACUCACCAGUGUCACCACCACCUCCUCCAUCCUCGUCAGGUCGAUACCGCACCUCUACAAGCUUGCACAAUAUCCCGUCGUCCUGCACGUCUCGGUCCACCCCUCGGGCUUUCCCGACUUCUCCGACAUUACAUCCAUCAGGCAGUCCGGCUUCACAUUCAUCCAGUCUGAGACUCUGCAAGAAGCCCAGGAUCUCGCACUGACUGCCCAUGCUUUGGCUGUCAAGUCUGGCAAGGGUGUGAUCCACUUCUUUGACUCUGGAGCAUACGCCUUCAAGAAGUCUGUUCCGCUGGAAGAUGUGGAAUUGGUCCGUAGCGUCCUUGACUUGGACGCUGUGGCGACAUAUCAGAACACGAGGUCAGAGGAGACUACCUUGUACGCAGACGAUGGAAGGAGUUCGACCUUGUCUUUCGCCCGUAGCCAGGCUGCGAACGCCACUGCCGUACCAGCAGCACCUUUGAGCUCUACAGCGGAUGGACGGUCAUUGCCUGUAUCAGAGAGGAACAGCCAGCGAGCUGAUUCUUCAUCUGGCUCAUCACAUCGUGACACCAGCACAAGCGCCGCAUCGGUAUCAUCAGCGACUACGGUAGAGUCGUUGGUCUCGAAGCCGGUUUCAUCAGACGACAUCUACCGGUUCGCCACACAGAUCUGGAUGACCAUCAAGGACGCGACCGGUCGAGCAUACGAUGCCUUCGCGUACACCGGUACAGGUAACGAAGAGGCCGCCAUCUUCUUAUUUGGUGCUGACACGGGCGUCUUCGCCACUGAGCUUGACACUGUUGAAGACUCCGAGACCUAUGCGAAUACAGGCAUCAUCACAGCUCGAUUAUACCGCCCUUGGUUAGGCGCAUCGCUCGCGCCAUUACUCCCUCGCUCGCUCAAACGGAUUGCUGUCCUGGAACAAGUUCGACGAAAGACUACCAAGUGGGGACCUGUGCUCCUGGACUUGUUGAUGUCCUUGAAGUCGACUGGCGGCGCCUCACCAAUUGUUGUCGGGUACCAACUAGGAUAUAUCGAUGAGAAGACCGUCCAACAGGCACUGCGGGGCGUCUACCAGAAUCUCAUGAGCGAGUCGCCUGUUCAGAACCUUCAGGUUGGAAACGCCGAUGGACCUGGACCACAGCCCGCCAAAGUCCAACAGCCUGCGCUAGAGAAUGCCUAUAUGAAGAUCCUGAACCAGGUCUUUGGAGAUAAGCUCCACAUUGCCAAUCAGCUCGACGCUCAGCAUGCUGGUAUCUCCAAUGAGAUCUCCUCGACCCCAGAAUACGGUUUCGGAUCACUCGUGGCUCGCAAGGAACACCGCAAGCGAUUUGUUGAUGAGGCUGCGACUGUCUCGAAGAGCAAUGCAUUCAUUACACAGGCUCCUCAGCAGUGGCUAUCAAAGUGGGCGCUUAGCGCUGAAGAUACUCAAAAGGCGAACGAGCUAGCGCCUGAGGUCAUCGCUCGUUUGAGCACCGACGGCUCUUCUGCCGCUACUCAAUUACUCGAGUCUAAGAAGCUGUUUUACAAGGAGUCACCUUGGUUGGUUGGAUCGGAUGCUUGGGCAUAUGACCUUGGAAACUCUGGUGUACACCACGUGCUGGCAUCCGGCGAAAACAUCAAUAUGCUCAUCGUCGACUCUACUCCAUAUUCUGAGCGUGCAGCUGCUGACGCUGCGAGGCGGAAGAAAGACAUCGGUCUCUACGCAAUGAACUUUGGAAACGCUUACGUAGCAUCUGUCGCAGUAUACAGCUCAUACACCCAGGUCCUGGAAGCCAUGAUCGAAGCUGACAAGUUUGACGGUCCCUCAGUCGUUCUUGCAUAUCUGCCUUACGAAAAGGAGACUGACUCACCUUUGACCGUGUUGCAGGAGACGAAGAAGGCUGUUGACCUCGGGUACUGGCCGCUGUACAGGUGGGAUCCUAAAGGCGACGACAAGGGCGAGGCCAACUUCAAGCUUGAUUCAGAGAGGAUCAAGAAGGAACUGGAAGAGUUCUUGUCUCGCGACAAUUACAUGUCUCAGGUCAUGAAAAGACAUCCUGAAUUCUCUUCCAACAUCUCUGGUUCUUACGGCACAGAGGUCAGGCAGCUACAGAAGAGGAAAGCCAAAGACGCAUAUAGCAAACUCCUCGAGGGUCUUGCUGGUGAUCCGAUGACCGUCUUGUUCGCGUCCGACAACGGCAACGCAGAGAACCUCGCCAAGCGCCUAGGAAACCGGGGCAAGGCCCGAGGCCUCAAGACUAUGGUCAUGGCCAUGGACGAUUUCCCACUUGAGGACUUGGCCAACGAGCAAAACGUCAUUCUGCUCACCAGUGUCGCUGGCCAAGGAGAGUUGCCUCAGAAUGGUAGAACUUUCUGGGAGGCUGUCAAGGACUCGACGGACUUGGACCUUGCAACAGUGAAUUUUGCAGUCUUCGGUCUUGGUGACAGUCAUUACUGGCCACGCAAGGAGGACAAAAUAUAUUACAACAAGCCUGCCAAGGAUCUCCACGCUCGUAUACUCACCCUCGGCGGCAAAGCUCUCGUCGACGUUGGUCUUGGAGACGAUCAAGAUCCGGAUGCUUAUCAGACGGCAUAUGCCGAGUGGGAACCCAAGCUCUGGCAAGCACUUGGUGUCGAUAACGUCGAGGGUCUGCCUGAAGAACCGCCGCCAAUUACCAACGAGGACAUGAAAGCUGCUUCGAACUUCCUCCGAGGUACCAUUGAGGAGGGUCUCGCCGACACCAGCACUGGUGCUAUUUCGGCAAGCGACCAGCAGCUCACCAAGUUCCACGGGACAUAUAUGCAGGAUGACCGUGAUCUCCGUGAUGAACGCAAGGCACAGGGUCUUGAGCCUGCGUACUCAUUCAUGAUCAGAUGCAGACUGGCAGGAGGAGUCUCCACUCCUAAGCAAUGGUUGCAGAUGGACGAAAUCAGCAACACGCUCGGUAACGAGACCAUGAAGUUGACUACGCGACAAACCUUCCAAUUCCACGGUAUCGUAAAGGGAAAGCUCAAGCCAGCGAUGCAAGCCAUCAACAAGGCUUUGAUGACCACCAUCGCUGCUUGUGGUGAUGUCAACAGAAAUGUCAUGUGCAGUUCCCUCCCCACGCAAUCUAAGUACCACGCCCAGGUCCAGGUCGUCGCUCAGAAGGUCAGCGACCACCUUCUUCCAUCCACAACCGCUUACCACGAGAUCUGGCUCGAAGAUGAUGAGACAAAGGAGAAGCGAAAGGUUGCUGGUGAAGCUAUCCAGGAUCAUGAGCCUUUGUACGGCCCCCUCUACCUUCCCCGAAAGUUCAAGAUCACCAUCGCCAUCCCGCCGCAUAACGAUACCGAUGUCUACGCUCACGAUAUCGGUCUUAUUGCCAUCAAGGGUGCAGACGACAACCUCGUAGGCUUCAACCUUCUCGCUGGUGGUGGUAUGGGUGUCACACACAACAAUAAAAAGACCUACCCACGGACUGGAAGCAUGUUUGGUUUCGUCUCGACCGAUCAAGUUCACAUCGCUUGCGAAAAGAUCAUGCUUGUCCAGCGCGAUCAUGGUGACCGCAAGAACAGGAAACACGCUCGUCUCAAGUACACCAUCGACGAUAUGGGCGUCGACGUCUUCCGCGGCAAGGUCGAAGAGCUUUGGGGUCAGAAAUUUGCCGACCCGAGGCCAUUCAAGUUCCAGAGCAACGUCGACACUUUUGGCUGGCAAAAGGAUGAAAAUGGCUUGAAUCACUUCACCUUCUUCAUAGAAAACGGCCGUAUUGAGGAUACAGCUGACUUCCCAAUGAAGACGGGUCUAGUUGAAGUUGCCAAGGCACAUAAGGGCGAGUUCCGGUUGACUGGUAACCAACAUCUGAUCCUCUCUAACGUCGCAGACGAGGAUCUGCCUGCGAUGAAGGAGCUUCUCAAGAAGUGGAAGCUCGACAACACAAACUUUUCUGCAUUGAGGCUUUCCAGCUCGGCAUGCGUUGCCUUCCCUACCUGUGGUCUUGCAAUGGCUGAGUCAGAACGCUAUCUACCCGUUCUUAUCUCCAAGCUCGAAUCAACAAUUGAAGAAGCCGGACUCAGACAAGACAGUAUCGUGAUGCGUAUGACCGGUUGUCCGAACGGCUGCGCUCGCCCAUGGCUUGCUGAAAUUGCUUUUGUCGGCAAGGCCUACGGCGCGUACAACAUGUACCUUGGCGGUGGAUACCAUGGUCAGAGGCUGAACAAGCUUUACAGGAGCUCGAUCAAAGAAGAUGAGAUCCUGGAGAUCCUGCAACCAAUGAUCAAGCAAUACGCCAAGGAGAGGAAUGAGGGCGAGCGCUUUGGUGACUUUGUCAUAAGGAAGGGUUACAUUAAUGAGACGACACAUGGAACGAACUUCCAUGAUAACACUGCGGAAGAGGAGUCUGAUGGAGAGUAGAUACGAAUGGGUUUCGAAUGCGGAGAUGGAGAGGGUU